UUGUAUUUUAUUUUAAUACUUUCAACACUACUAUAUAACAAAUAAUUUGAGUCAGGGAAGCGGCACUGAGAGAGGAACUGUUGAAGAGAGAGAGACAGUGUUUGUAUUUUAUUUUAAUACUUUCAACACUACUAUAUAACAAAUAAUUUGAGUCAGGGAAGCGGCACUGAGAGAGGAACUGUUGAAGAGAGAGAGACAGUGUUUGUAUUUUAUUUUAAUACUUUCAACACUACUAUAUAACAAAUAAUUUGAGUCAGGGAAGCGGCACUGAGAGAGGAACUGUUGAAGAGAGAGAGACAGUGUUUGUAUUGUAUUUUAAUACUUUCAACACUACUAUAUAACAAAUAAUUUGAGCAAAAGAAAGGAGAAUGGUCCUGGAACUGAUCCUUUUGUAAUGUUAAAUCUCUUUCUCACGCUUGUGCUUGUUGUCGCAACGAACGCAGUCAAGUUUCACGAAGAGAUAAAAUACGAACUGAACCCCAAGAGAUUUCCAUGUUCGGACGAAAAGACCGUCACCUCGCUCACAAACAGUCUGCUAGACGUACCUGAAAAGCUGAUCUGUGUGAGGGAAGAGAAAUGCCGAGUAAACUUCCAUCUACCACCCUGCAUGAUCAGAAAACGAAGAAUUGACUCUGAAGAUCUCAAACUCAAUGUCACCAUUGAUAAACUGGAUAGAUAUGAUAACUUUGACAUCAAAUUUUCUCGAGAAGAGCUGAAGAGCGCCGUUACUGACGUUCUCUCUCCGUAUCUUGUCAAGGAUAACCCCUGCGGCUCAGGCAGAGUACUACUGGGAAGCGUUUGCCGAAUGUGUCUACCUGGAACGUACACCACUCAGUGGAACACGUGUGAUGCCUGCCCAGUGGGUACCUACUCGGACUCUACUGGAGUAAAGGAGUGUUCGCCCUGUCCGGAGCACCAGACGACCCAUACCACUGGAGCUACAGGAAUGGAACAGUGCCAAGAAAAGUGCUGGGUUGAUAAGAAGAUAUCCUCAAGACACAACCUAAUGUUCCCGUCACCAAACGUGGUAGUUUCUGGAGCCAUCGUCACGCUACAUUGUGGUAGGCAUUGGGCCUUCGACCACAGCGGGACCGUUACCAAAACAGCUAAAUGUGGGGAGCCCCUCCCAACGUGCAGUGUCCGGUCCUGCCCGGACCCCUGUACAGCUGGUUACCUCUGCAACUCCUGUCAGUGUGUGGAUAUCAACGCUAGGUGCGAUGGGGUGGAACAUUGUGCUGACAACAGCGAUGAAGCGGCCUGCCCUGCUCAAGUGGAUGCGCCCAGCUCUCUUCAGCUGUCCCGUGACGGUCUCACGUACGUUUCUGUCCCUCGCACGUGGUCCAGAACAUCAGAUAUUGCUGUUUGUUUGUGGGCCCGACUGAAACUCUCCUCUUCCUUCUCCUCACUCGUCAGCUUCGAGCUAGCUGAAUCUCACUCUCUUUGGAUUCAACUCACCAGUGACGCACUGUACGUGCAGCUCAACAAAAUGGUGUACAAGGAGGUACGGUUCCCUUACGCUCUGGACAGAAAGUGGUUCAGCAUGUGUCUAAGUGUGGACAGAGAGUUCCUAGAUCUGUACCUGGAUGGUGCUCCCUUGUUGCACGGCCAGAACCAGGAUAUAUCUUCUGUUCAGGGUUUGGAGAUAUCAGGAGAUAUGGUUAUCGGUGGUAUGCCCCAUGAGUCACAUCCUCCGUACCUUGCGGAGGGUCUUAUCAAGGACUUGUCCGUCUGGAACAAACCCCUGUCUCCAGAGCAGGUGGAAGAGUACAGUAAGGGUUGUUUGAUUCCCCAACCUGAUGACAUCAUAGUUGCCUGGUCCACCAUCAUGAACCACACUGUCCCGGACCUCCUUCUCGACCAGACAUAUUCCGGGUCUUGUUCAGGCCCGGUUCCGUCUGGAUCCUGUCCCCCGGACAUGUGGGAGUGCGGUUCCGGAGACUGUAUCCCUCUUAUUGAGAGGUGUGAUCGUAUCCCUGAUAACUGUCUGGACGGCAGCGAUGAAACCGGCUGUCCUCUUCUUGAUGGACAACUGGUUCUGAUAGAGGACUCCCUAACUUCCGACUUAGCUGAAGAAGCCUGUCUGAAGUUGGGUGGUAGUCUGGCUCUACUCAGUACACCCUACAUGAAGGAGUAUGCCAAGAACAUCCUUGUGUAUUACGAUUACGACAAGGCUUGGUCCAGUAGCCCUAAUGGGGAAGGACCUGGUCUGCUGACCAAGCUUGGUACCUGGCUAAAAGCGGAGAAGGAGAGUUCCGCACGUGCUGUUCUCUGUCAGAGAACCAGAACCAGCGUGUACCGUUACUUCGACACACCCGCUACCUAUGACGAAGCACAUGACACGUGUACGGGGAUUGACGGUGAGAUGGCUACCAUUACAACUAAACCUCAGUUUGAGAUCCUACAGAAACUGAUCACUAGUCAGCAGUUUGAACCAAGUGGUGCUGCCUGGGUUGGAGGUGGCAAGAAGGCUGGGUAUCUGACAUGGGAUAACGGUGACAUUUUCUCUGAUCUUAACCAGCUCUUUUUCCAGGAGCCGAGGUAUGUUAGCGGAGACAAGCUUUCAGUAGACAGAUCCGGGUUGUGGGAGUUGAGAGACAAGACUGAGACACUGCCUUUCGUCUGCAUGGUUGAGACCGCGUACAAUCACACCACUUCUAUGGAGUUUGGAAACACAGGGGAGCCCCUGGUGCGGAUAACAGACCCUAUAUCUGGGAUCACGGUGCUGGACACCACUACUUGCGCUUCCUUCAAAUCAGCCAAAGCAAACGGAACGAUAAUAUCGUACGCUACUGAUAACAACGAUAACGAGAUGUUGGUCAUGGUCACUAACCAGGCUUUAGUCAUCAUGGUCCACAACGUUCCUUACUUCGUCAAAACAGAUCUGACGGACGGUAUCUGGCACACAGUGUGUUUCAGGUACUCAGAUGAGGAGGGACAACUAACCAUCUUCAUAGACGAAAAAGACUGGUCAAUUAAGCGAACAAUCGACCCUGCUGGGAUAGGAAGUUAUGGUAGUAUGAUUCUUGGAGCGGAGCAAGAUUUCCAGGAGAAAUCAACUCUCAGAAAGUUGGACAAGUUCCAAUAUUUCGAGGGAAGUAUUUCCAACUUCAAUAUGUGGCAGGCGUUGCUUUCAAAAGAAGAGAUGCAGUAUCUGUCAGGUACCAGUGCUAUCUGCAAAACCAAGCUAACAAAGGACGAGAGGAUAGUGUUACGCUGGGGUGAUGUACUGAACUUUGGGAGUAAGACUGUUGAGCUGGGAUCUAUGAGUGAUAACGAGAUGUGCCGAUCAUUUGGUGUAGACGAACAGCUAAAACUAGAGAUCAACGGAAAACCUGUAGUUUACGAGGACUCUGUUUUCAAGCUUUGUGAUAGGUCAGAAUGUGAAGCAGUGGAUCUAAAGCUGAAGACAUCCGGUACUAGGACUUUUGUUGGGGGCAACAUGACUGUGGUUCUUAGCUCUGAUGAAAGUUCAGGUAUGAACUGUGACAAGAGCAGCUGUACUCUCUCCUCCUCAACCCUCACUCCAUUCCUCAUACAAUCCGAGUCCAAACGACCCGGUGAGACACUAGAACCCAGCGACCAGUUCUACUUCACGGAUACCACCGGUCUAGUCUUGCGGUGCACCACAGAGAAAUGUUUCCUGGCAGAGGAUGAGCCGGGGACUAGUAACCUGUUCUCUACCGUUAUUGAGAGGAGGGGUUGGGAUGAUUGGGAGGAGGCGGAGGAGUGCAAGGGAACCUGCGGUGACAGCUACCAUAUCUUCACCAGGAAGUGUCUCGCUCCUUCGCACCUGUCUGAAACUCUGAAGUCGCUUUACUGUCCUGGAAGCCCGGAGAAAAGAGUCAACUGCCAGCUAGACACUUGUGAGAAAACAGAGAAGUGCGGUCCUGGGGUGAGGGACACCAAGUUCAGAGGGGUGUUCAAAUGGGGACAAACAUACCGGGUAAACUACACCGUGGACAUUCUCUGUCCUGCAGGCAACUAUAAUCAGCGGGAGUACCCGCUGGUGGUUAAGAUGAAGUGCUCGAGGGAGGGAUACUAUGAGAGCGACUUUGUAACUAACAUUGAGAAAUGUGCGUUCCUCAGCGAGAGUGCCCAGCUUCUUCACAGCCUACUAUCGGGAGAUGUAACGGCCGGUAACGUGUUACAAGUGACAACGGACAUGAAGACCAUUCUGGAACGAGCUGACGACGUCAGCGCUCUGCAUCUCGAAAUGAUACGCAAUCUUACAGAUCGAGCACUAGCUACUGGAAACGUGACCCUGGCAGUUCAAGACAACAUCAUAGACGCUGUGGAGACUAUAGCAUCUAAAGUGAAGGUUGACGAGUUGUGGAUUGCUCAAACAAAGAAUCAGAUUGUCAGAAGCAUUUUGGAGAUGAUAGACAAGUCGGCGGACAUGGUAGAUCUGAUGGGUAAACCCGGCUCCGCUACAAUCCGAGAAAACAUUGCCCUGUUUGUAGACAAAGUGGACCUGACAACGUCCCUGCUUGUGAACCUGAACAUAGCGGACACUUCCAACCUCUACACUACAGAGCUGGUCAUGACAAACACUGAGAAGAAAGAUAUACUGCAGGAAACCACCGGUAUAGGUAUCUACAUUCCCGCCUCUAUCCGCUCCUCCGCUCAGCAGGAGAUAGACAGGGUCUGGUUCUCCGUCUUCAAGACUGACCGGCUCUUCCUCAGUAAUGAAACUUCAGAGCCAGGAAUGGUGCUGGCUUGUAACGAAUCGUGCGAAGUUUCAGGAACUAUUGUCGGUAUUGGUAUCGGUAAGAACUACGGCAACAUUACAAAUCUCAAAGAUGAUGUCCGGAUUCAGUUCUCGCCGCCCUCGUCGCAGCGUUUUAACCCCACGGCGUCUUGUGUGUACUGGAACGUUUCUACAAGCUGGUGGUCAAACAAAGGAGUGAAGACUAAGCUGGACUUGAAGAAUAACAGGGUCACCUGUGAGGCAAACCACCUCACCAACUUCGCUGUUCUCAUGAAUGUAGGUAACGUGGAGAUAAUAGGAGUGCACAUAACAGCUCUACAGACCAUUACCCUAGUGGGAGGUGUUGUCUCCAUCGUCUGUCUCUUCCUUACUGUUGUCGGACUCGCCAAGUUCAAGUCACUAAGGAAGACCCCAACAAACCAGAUCCACAUCUCCCUGAGUUUCACUCUAAUGAUGGGACUAAUCUUCCUCCUUGUGGGACUCGACAACUGGACUGAAAACGCGGCAAUCUGUACGAUGUUUGCGGUUCUGAUUCAUUACUUCUACUUAUCUGCCAUAUCGUGGAUGAUGGUAGAGGGUGUGAACCUCUACAUUGCCUUCAUCCAGGUCUUCACGGGGGGACAGACUCACUUCUACAAAAAGUGUGCCCUCUUCGCCUUCGGUUUCCCGGCUGCGGUGGUCACAGCUUCACUUACCAUCAACUUCACUACUGACUACCCAACUUACGUCGGAGAUCGCUAUUGCUGGUUAACGUACGUGCCAAGUCUAGUGGCAUUCGUAGGACCUGUCAUCUUGAUGCUGCUAGCAAACACUGUCAUAUUCGCUUUCGUCAUAAAGCAGAUAUUCUGGAGAAAGAAUGCCGGUUCCCAGAAGAAGAUGGACAGUUUGACCCAACUGCGAGCCGUGCUAUGUCUCAUGGCCCUCAUGGGACUGGGGUGGAUUGCUGGUGCCUUCACUAUCGAUGGUCCCUCCGGUCUUGUCUUCCAGUAUAUAUUCACAAUCGCAAACAUUUCCCAGGGUAUCCUGAUUUUCUACUUCCACUGUGCUUCUAAACCAGAUGUCAGGAAUGCUUGGUUCAAGAGUUUCAGUUCCACUACCAGCUGGUUGAAAAAGGACACCACCAGCCACAGCCACUCUGUCUCCAAGAGGCCGAUAAUCAGCGAGCCAGUGAAACCACAAGACGGUGUCUACAACCCAGUGUGCAGUAUUAUGGGCAUCCCUGUCACUCUCAAGAGACAAGGAUCAAUCGACAGUCCGGAUAGUGGAUAUGCUGUUGAGGACCGCUUCAAUUUCGACAUUAAAGGGAGUCGCGGCAACACGCCCAGCAACCACAGCGUAUCCCAGUUUAAGGACCGCGGCAACAUGGGAACAGUCAUACCACCAGCCACCACCGCUCCCACCUACAGCACCAACCUUCACAACACUAGCACCACCACCGGUCGGUUUAGGAGGAGCCCCAAGACUGGGGGUCCUAAGGAGAAAGCUGAGGACUCCCCUCUCUUCCCUCCAUCUACCUCUCCACCUCCUCCUCCAUCAAGUAGUGAACCGGACUCCAAGGAUAGCUUUGAUCUAGUAUCGACACCGACAACAUCUCCACCACUCAUGACGUUCUCUGAGUCUGAGAAAGAGGCAGCACCAGACACAACUCCCCCUACUCCUUGUGACGUCAUCAAACCUCCCCGGGGAGUUGUCCCUGAAAGUGGGGAAGCAACUCAGCAGGAGGGCAGCAUGUCUCCAGCUAGCAUGUCUCCAACUAGCAUGUCUCCAACUAGUCCAACUGCCUCUGAUGAUGAUCCGUUCCUGGACCGUUCCCGGAUAAAGGAACCUUCAGCGCCAGAACUCACGACUGAAGACCGUCCUGACAGCACUGAUUCCAGGUACAAAAAGCGUAGACAGAGUUUGAAGAGUCCUUGUUUGCCAAUGAAAUCGCUGAGAGGAAAGUUCGAACAGCAAAACAGGAACACCUCGAGCUCAGAGUUCGCGGAGGAGUUAGAAGAAGAUGUGGAAGCAAGGAAAGGAGGUUACCGUCCAACCUAGGGUUUGUGUCAGCUGGACAUAUCACCUCUAGAUGGAGGAAAGAGAAGAAGAAUAUCAAUAGAAGCUGUUCUAUGAAGAUCUAUCAUUAUAGAAACCCCUUCAAUCGAGAUGCAGAUGACACUCUCGCUGGAAUUCAGUACAAACCGACUAAUUAUAUCAAGGUUAAAGUUCAAAUUGACUGAAAAGUGAAUAAAAAUAAGCUCUAUGCUGAAUGAAUUCAUAAACUCUCAUAGACCCAAAUGUGAUU